AUGCAGAGGGUGCAGGUGGGCAGACGGAGGGCAGCUGACCUCCUGAUCCAGGAAGCUCCCCCAGGCCUGUGGGACGCUGGCCCCUGGGGACAGGAGGGCAAGUGGCUGGAGGCCUCCGGGCCACGCACCAUGAGCGUCCGUGUGUGCCCCCACCUUGGGGUCGGCCUCUGGCUGUGGCUGGGUGUCACCCUGGGACUCGGCCAGGGACAAGCAGGCGGCCGCCUGAGGCUGGCGGUGCUGCCUGAGGACCGGCUGCAGAUGAAGUGGAGGGAGUCGGAGGGGAGCAGCCUCGGCUACCUGGUGCAGGUGAAGCCCAGGGCAGGGGACCUGGAGCAGGAGGUGAUGCUGACUACCAAGACCCCCAAGGCCACGGUGGGGGGCCUGAGCCCCUCCAAAGGGUACACCUUGCAGAUCUUCGAGCUCACGGGCUCAGGGAAUGUCCUGCUGGCUCGGAGGGAGUUUGUGAUCAAAGAUCUGAAGAGUAACUCUGUGAACAGGAGCAGCCGGAGGCCACCGGGGGCGGCCCUGGAGCCCACCCCCUCCCACGUGGGGAGCCCAGGCCUCGAGCCCCCCGUGGCCUCGGCUCCAAGCCAAGACCUGCCCACGCGUGCCGGACCCCAGUUCCGCUGCACGUCCCCCACACCCGUGGACAUGAUCUUCCUGGUGGACGGGUCCUGGAGUAUUGGUCACAGUCACUUCCAGCAGGUCAAAUACUUCCUGGCCAGCAUCAUUGAGCCCUUUGAAAUCGGGCCAGACAAAGUCCAAGUAGGCCUGACUCAGUACAGCGGGGACCCCCAGACCGAGUGGGACCUGAAUGCCUUUGGCACCAAGGAGGAGGUGCUGGCCGCCGUGCGUGGCCUCCGCUACAGAGGGGGAAACACGUUCACAGGCCUGGCCCUGACCCACGUGCUGGAGCAGAACCUGAAGCCCGUGGCGGGUCUCCGUCCGGAGGCGGCCAAGCUGGUGAUUCUGGUGACGGACGGCAAGUCCCAGGACGAUGCCCGCACUGCUGGCCACAUGCUCAAGGGUCUGGGCGUCGACAUCUUUGCCGUGGGCGUGAAGAACGCCGAUGAUGCUGAGCUGAGGCUGCUGGCGUCCCCGCCUCUGGACAUCACCGUCCACAGCGUGCAGGACUUCCCGCAGCUCGGCACGCUGGCCGGCCUGCUCAGCCGCCUCAUCUGCCAGAAGGUCCAGGGCAGGCGCCUGCGCAGGGGCCCAGUUACACCGGCCGCAGCCGCUCCGGCCCUGGACCCCCUUUCCGCUCCCACCGGCCUGGUCCUGAGCCGGGUGACCUUCUCCAGCAUCCACCUGUCCUGGACCCCAGCCCCGCGGCCACCCCUCAAGUACCUGAUCGUGUUGCGGCCUUCUAAGGGCGGCGCCCCCAGGGAGGUGGCGGUGGAGGCGCCCACCUCGUCGGCAGAGCUGCACAACCUGACCUCCAGCACAGAGUACCUGGUCUCCGUGUUCCCCGUCUACAAGGCCGGCGUCGGUGAGGGCCUGCGGGGCCUGGCGACCACAGCGCCCCUGCCCCCGCCCCAGGCGCUGACCCUGGCCUCAGUGACGCCCAGAACCAUCCGCCUCACCUGGCAGCCCUCGGCAGGGGCCACCCGGUACCUGGUGCAGUGCUCGCCCACCUCCCCCAAGGGCAAGGAGGAGGGGAGAGAGGUGCGGGUGGGGCAGCCGGAGGUGCUGCUGGAUGGGCUGGCCCCAGGCAGGGAUUACGAGGUGUGGGUGCGGAGCCUGCGAGGGGCAGAGACCAGCGAGGCCCAGAGCAUCCGCGCCAGGACCUCCGCCCUGGGCCCCCCCAGACACCUGAGCUUCUCGGACGUGAGCCACGACUCGGCCCGAGUGUCCUGGGAGGGCACCGCGAUGCCGGUGCGCCUGUUCAGGGUCAGCUACGUCUCGAGCAAGGGCGGCCACUCGGGACAGACGGAGGCUCCUGGGAACGCCACCUCGGCCACUCUGGGCCCCCUCUCCUCCUCCACCACCUACACGGUCCGCGUCACCUGCCUCUACCCUGGGGGCAGCUCCUCCACACUGACUGGCCGCCUGACCACACGGAAAGUCCCCAGCCCGAGCCAGCUGUCGGUGACAGAGCUGCCUGGGGACGAAGUCCAGCUGGAGUGGGUGGCCGCAGUGGCGUCCGGUGUGCUUGUCUACCAGAUCACGUGGACGCCCCUGGGAGAGGGGAAGGCCCAUAAGAUCUCCGUCCCGGGGAACCUGGGCACGGCUGUCCUGCCCGGCCUGGGGAGGCACUCGGAGUAUGAGAUCACCAUCCUGGCCUACUACAGGGACGGGGCCCGCAGUGACCCCGUGUCCCUCCGCUACACCCCCCGUAGCCCACCCUCCAACCUGGCCCUGGCCUCGGAGUCGCCCGACAGCCUGCGGAUCAGCUGGACGCCCCCGAGUGGCCACGUCCUCCACUACCAGGUCUCCUACGCACUGGCCUCAGGCUCGGGACCCGAGAAGUUGAUCUCCAUUCCGGGACCCAGAAGCCAUGUGACUCUCCCUGACCUGCUGGCGGCCACCAAGUACCGGGUCCUGGUCUCAGCCGUCUACGGAGCAGGGAAGAGUGUGGCAGUGUCUGCCACGGGCCGGACGGCCUGCCCGGCCCUCCACCCGGAUGGCUCCCUCCCAGGCUUUGACCUGAUGGCAGCCUUCGGGCUGGUGGAGAAGGAAUACGCCUCUAUCCGUGGCGUGGCCAUGGAGCCCUCGGCCUUUGGUCCCACCAGGACCUUCACGCUCUUCAAGGAUGCUCAGCUGACCCGCCAGGCCAGCGACGUCCACCCGGCCACCCUCCCCCCGGAACACACAGUCGUCUUCCUCCUGCGCCUGCUCCCCGAGACGCCCCGCGAGGUCUUCGCGCUGUGGCAGGUGGUGGCCGAGGACUUCCAGCCCGUCCUGGGGGUCCUGCUGGACGCCAGCAGAAAGUCGUUGACCUACUUCAACCGUGACCCCAGGGCCACCUUGCAGGAGGUCACCUUCGACCUGCCCGAAGUGAGGAGGAUAUUCUUUGGGAGCUUCCACAAGGUGCACGUAGCCGUGGGCCGCUCCAAGGUCAGGCUCUACGUGGACUGCCGGAAGGUGGCCGAGAAGCCCAUUGGGGAGGCCGGCAGCCUGCCCACCACCGGCUUCGUCACGCUGGGGAGACUGGCCAAGGCCCGGGGCCCCCGGAGCAGCUCAGCCUCGUUCCAGCUCCGGAUGCUACAGAUUGUGUGCAGUGACUCCUGGGCAGAGGAGGACAGGUGCUGCGAGCUCCCGGCUUCGAAGGAUGGAGAGACCUGCCCUGCCUUCCCUUCUGCCUGUGCAUGUUCCUCGCAGACCCCUGGGCCCCCGGGCCCCCAAGGACCUCCUGGCCACCCCGGGAGGGAUGGAGUCCCAGGAGAGCAGGGCUUCCCAGGCCCCAGGGGUCCACCCGGGGUCAAAGGAGAGAAGGGGGAUCAUGGACGCCCCGGCUUGCAGGGCCACCCUGGCCUCCAGGGCACCCCUGGGAAGGUUGGCGUCCAGGGACCAAAGGGAAUGAGAGGCUUGGAGGGGACUGCUGGCCUGCCCGGACCCCCUGGCCCUAGGGGCUUCCAGGGCACGGCGGGGGCCAGAGGCAGCAGCGGGGAGCGAGGACCCCCAGGGGCUGUGGGGCCCACGGGGCUGCCGGGGCCCAAGGGGGAGCGAGGCGAGAAGGGCGAGCCACAGUCCUUGGCCACCAUCUACCAGCUCGUGGGCCAAGCCUCGCACGUGCUGAAGCUCCACGCCUGCACCCACGAGAGCACCCGGCCCCCCAUGCCCAUCUUGGAGGCCCCCAGGGCCUUCGGCACGCGCAGUGAGGCCCGACUCCCUGGAGAAGGGGGGCACGGUGGCCCCCGCCCUGAGGACAGAGGUCAGCAUAGGACCCUCAAGAAAGGAAAGCACUGCCCCCUGCACCCCUUGGUCCGGCACAUCCCUCCUUCCCCUUGGCUGAGCCUGGAGCCCUCAGUCAGACAGGCAGCCUGGGCCGCAGGGAGGAGCGGUGGGGGGCUGGGAGCAGCGGGGAAAGUCGUGCAGGUGCCAGAGAAGCAACUGGGGACGGUCCCCCUGCUGCCCCGAGUGAGCCCGAACGUCCCCCCACCGGAUCCCGGACACCGAGCGCAGCUGGAGAAGAGGAUAAACCACGUGUACUUGUCAAGGGAGGUGCUGCUCAUUGGCGGGGCCCCAUACCCCGUCGGGUGGAGUCCCAGAUUCCCCACCCCCGUCUCUCGGAGAGGAGCCGCCAUCCAUCCUCGGCCUCAAGGACCCCCCACCAUGGUCUCCCUGUUACCCUGGGGCUCGCCCCCGCUUCCUGUGAGGCCACUGCAGCCCCCAGGCCCCGGUGCCCCCGGCCGGCCCCUCCAGAGCUCAGGCCCCGCUCAGGGGGUCUCAGCCUCGGCUGCACUCUGA